ACGAGAGUAACUGUAGGGUGUCUGCUGUGUUAUUGCCUGAUCCGAUCUCCCGUUGUCAGCCUGGCUCAGCUCAGCUAGCGGACAGUUCGCUGAAAACGACUCAUCGCUGAUCAUCAUCGUUGUGAUGUUCGUUUCAACGAAUUUCAAGGAGGUUAACCUCCUUGCUUGAGCUGAGGAAAACGUGAAACAAAAAUCGCGGCACUAAAAAAACUAAAGCAUUAGCCACUUAAAGCUUAGACUGAUGUGUACAACAUUGUUUUUGUUUUUAUCCGUCAUAAAUGUAAAAAGUGAUGUGAGAAGUUUUCCUGUUCAAGACAAAUACACCAACCCCCUCCAGAGCUGUUUGUUAAGGCAAAAUGUGGAAUGGACUGCUGGCAGUACUUCUACUAACCAUAUUCCUGAACAGCCUUUACACAAAUGUGCAGUCAUCUCCUGCUGAAGUUAGUGCUGAGGAAUCUGUCCACCAGCAGCAGACCAAAGACAAAUCACAGGACUGUCCUGUUUAUUUGGUGGACAUGACCACUGGUGGGGAUCCUGGAAUCAGCUAUCCCACAACAAAGUCCACAUCAUCCAACAAAGGCACGAAAAAAACAACCCAGAACCAUCAGGAGAAAGAGGACUCUCUCAGGGUUCUCGCAGAGGAUGAAGGAGAAACAAGCCCAGAGCAGCCAGUGGCUUCUGAAAAGAGUGAAGAAACUGAAACAUCAGCAUCGCCAAGCCCGGCUAGUGAUAGUGUAGCAGAGGAUCUGCACAUAGAGGAGCAGGCUGAGCAGACAGACGUACCUGUACCUGUCAUCACCUCUCCACCUGAGCCACAACAGUCAGACACACCUGCAGCUGACAUCGCAACACUCAAGGAUUCACAGACAAAAGAUGAUGACACAGCUACUGAUGAGGUACCUGCUGAAGCUGUGCUGCCGGCUGAAGGAACAGACAUUAGUGAGGAUGUGGAACCUGAACAGAUAAAAACCAGAGACAGUAGAGAUGACGUCCUUCCUAAAGCUGAAGAGGAGCAGCAGCAGGCUGGAGAAGAGCCUCUGGACACUCAGGAGGAGAGAGAGACAGCGGUGACUGAGGAGGAGGACUUGGUGGCACACAAGGAAGACGACAUGCCCUCGUUUGAUGAGUGGAAGAAAAGGAUGCUGGAACAGGAGGAGCGAGAAAAACAACAGAAUACCAACGGCCAAACAGGACAACCCGUGUCAACUCAGGGACAGAAGACUCAGAAGGGCAGGCAUAACUAUGGAUCAGUGGAGUGUGGAGCCAAGAUCCUGUCUGCCAACAGAGAAGUACAACACUCAUCUUCUGUGCUGGUGGAAAAUAAGGAUAUGUACAUGUUAAACCCCUGCAGUGCCAAGAUAUGGUUUAUUGUAGAGCUUUGUGAGCCCAUCCAACUGAAGCAGAUCGACAUCGCCAACUUUGAACUGUUCUCCUCUGUGCCAGAGUCUUUUAAGGUGUCGACAUCAGAAAGGUACCCGGCCCGAGAGUGGCAACUCCUCGGUACAUUCCACAUGGCAAAUGAGAGAACCAUCCAGUCUUUCCCUCUUGAUGAGAAACUCUUCAUUAAGUACCUAAAGGUGGAAAUGUUGUCUCACUAUGGCAGUGAACAUUACUGUCCUUUAAGCUUGUUUAGAGUCUUUGGUACCAGCAUGGAAGAGGAAAUAGAAGAAACAGAGCAGCACUCGGAGACUGUGGGAGAUCCUGAGGACGACCUGUUCCCAGAUGAGUCUGUUCCACUGUCCCCGGACUCCAACCUGUUCGGCAGCGCAAAAGAUGCAGUUUUGAAUAUUGUGAAGCAAGCUGCCAAGGUGUUCACUGGUCCUUCAGAUGGCAUGGCCUCAACAGAACCUCAUGAAGCAAAGGGAAAAGUAUCAGUGGAGAAAACAUUUCUUGAACCAACUCUGGAGUACCCUGAACCUUGUCUGGAUAUCAACAGAACAGUGAAUGUGUCAGUGGCAGACCAUGAUGGUGCUGGGAAGGAUAGCAGAAGCAUCCAGCCUACUCCAACCAGCGCCGCACACUCUACAGUCAAACACACAGAGACAUCUGAGGACCAAACACCACCGCUGGCUUUUCUGCCACUGGAUCCCUCACUCCAGGAAGAGACAGGUUCUGUUCAAGACAAAAAUUCCAUUCAACCAACUGUAAGUCUUGGAGACAGCGAUCAGGAAGGAAGAGCAGAUCUGAACAUACCAGUUGAUCCUGCCAGUGAGCAGCUAUCUGAAGGGAUUGUUACCUUGGUGGAGUCUGGUAUUGUAGAGGGCAGUACACCUUCUGUUGACCUGCUGCAGGAGAAACAGUGGGCUGUCAUCAAGCAGUGUCCAACUUGUAGUGAGCUGCAAGCUGUGCAAAAGUGCCAGGGGAGAGCUUUGUGUUUGUUGUACCAACUCAUCCUUCAAACCUCAUGUGAAGAAGAGCAGAUGAUUGUCACACCUCCAGUAGAACAUGUGGUCAUCGCAACAGACACACACGAUGAUGAGGGGACAUCAUUAAACUCCAAUGUUGUUGACCUGAGUAAGAAGGAUGAGGAUGGGGACAUCAGCGGCCUUCUGCCCUCCGAGCCUCCUGCUCCAGGCACAGAACAGGUCCUGAGUGAGUCUGCUGAAGGGGAGGAGGAACAGUCGCUUCCUGUCAGCUCAAGAAAUGACACGGUGGCUGUCUCUGAAGCAGGUACUGAAAUGUCCACCACAUCUCCCACCUUACAGCACGGACAGGACAGCAGUCCAGCAGAGGCUGUUCAUACUGGAGAAGACAAUCUGCAGCAGGAGCAGCCUGUCAUGUCUCCACAGGAGGGGAGUGAGAGUCCCUCAGCUGUGCAGGAAGAUGAACCUACAGCUGAGGGGACAGACUCCAGCACUACGUCAGCAGCUAUGGAAGGCAGCAGUGCAGAGGGCAGUCAACCCCCUGUAACUGAUACUGCCCAAAGUCAGAGUGAGUCAGAAACUUCUGCAAGUGCAUCUGAUACUGGUUCUUCUCAGAAUGGGGGGACAAAGCAAACACAUGUACCUGACAGAGAUACUAAAGAAGAUAUUGUCACAAGUGCAAGCCAGGAUCCCCAGGAAUCAAGCCUACCAGAGCCUGCCCUUGCUACUGUACAGAAUGGAAGUAUGGAUGCACUGGACAAGCAGACCAAAAACGCAUCAGACUUUUAUGCUGAAAAGAAUGAGAACGGCACGAGUGCUCAACACAUUUCACAUGGAGGGCACACGGGCAAGGAGUCAGUGAUCAUGAGACUGAACAACAGGAUCAAGGCUUUGGAGCUGAACAUGUCUCUGAGCAGCAGGUAUCUGGAGGAACUCAGUCAGAGAUACCGCAAGCAGAUGGACGAGAUGCAGAAAGCCUUCAACAAAACCAUUUCUAAACUCACUAACAACUCCAGAAAAGCUGAAGAGAGGGAUAUUCGACAGCAAGAAAUCAUUGCAAAUCUGGUUGCUAGCAUUACGAACCUGACAGCCGACGUCCAACACCUCAACACUGACAGAGACAACCUACAUAGGAAGGUCAUAGAAAGACACAUCUUCCUGAUGGUAGUGGAGGUGUUGUGCCUGGCAGUGGUGUUCAUGGUCUGUCUGCACACACGGCCUGGACACACACCACAGCUCAGUAACAGUCAGGGAGAGAAGACUCAGGAACAUCUACAUCAUCACAGGGACGGGCUGGGAGUCACAACAAGGACAGAGGACCUGCCUCCACGAAGAUCAGAUGGUGAAGAGGACAGGCUGGUUAUUGUGGAACCACAGUGUAAUAGACAGAUAAAGGGCACAGAUGGCACAAAGAAGAAACGGUCCAAGAAAAAACAUCGGUAUCAGGGUUUAAGAAACACCUCAUCGACACCUAAUCUAGCAGAGCAGCUGAGCGGGCACCAGGAGCUGGCUGCUGGGGUCAACAUGAACGUUGCAGGGCUGCUGUUCAGUUCUAGUACAGCCCAGGACGGACAGCCUUUCAGCAGCAGUAGAGACAGUAAGGGUGGACAGCAGAACAGCACACAUCACCAACCAACACUACAGCCUACCAAGUGGAAUCAGCAGCCUUCAUGCUUGAAAAAUGAAUCCAGUGAGCAUGGAGAAACCUGCCAGGAACCAGCCAUUCAGAAGGUUUUUUUGUGCUGCGGCAAAACUCACACUUCAGUGCACUAGCCAACAAGUCAAUAUUCAGUCUGCUGAAGUCCAUGCAUAAAGAAUCGAAAGUCUACAAGGACAAUCACUGCAUUCCCUUACUAAGUGUUUCCCCUUACUGUCACUAUCUUACAACAUAGGAAUUAGGUGUAAGAUGAAUACAUUACCCCCAAGCUUGUGAUAUGAGGAAUGUAAGUUUGCCUCCUUAGUUUGAUUGUAACUAGGUUGUAAAUCUAGGUCAAUGCCCAAACAGUGUACUGAUGAAGCAGUUAAGAAGCCGGAUGGUUGCCUGCCAAGCUUGCUAUUUUUCAAGUAACUACAAGUAUAUUAAACCAGCCAACAGUCUCAUAUGCAGGCUUUUAGCUAGGGGGUGUCCAGGGUGUCUUUUGGAUGCCCAGUGUACUGAAAAUAGUAAGAAAUUGGACGCCCUACUUUUUGGUAGGACACCCUAAAGACGCCCUAUUUUUUCCACUUCCAACCCCUGCCAUGCACACAUGCCUCCUUUCAGAAUACAAAAAUGAUGGUUUACUGAAGGAAAAAAACUCAAAUUCCUCAAAAUGCAGAAAGUUGUGUUUGAGGGCAUUAUGAAUGUCAAAAAAGCCCCCCUAAAAAGGUCACACACUGUGCAUCUUUGCUGUGUACAAUAAAAAAAUGGACACCCAACAAA